UCGUAAAAUACUAUUCCCUGCAACCCUUUAUGCCCUUCAAUCCCUUUGCAGCUUCUGUCAAGUGAACACGAAAAUUUCCACCAGCGCGACACUAACUACCCUGUAAUACACACAAAUUUACAUAAACCGUGAAAUCUACUACAUACAUACGUUAACAUUUCAUAAAUAUGUCGCUGCAAAACGGUUACAAAUCGCAAAACUGGUUGAAUUACCGACCCUUGGCCACCAAAUUUCACCCCGACGAUGCCAAAUUGGCUUUCGAAAUGUCCGACGAGCUGGUUGACCGCCACUUCAUUUUGCGAAAUACGACGCCGUCUGGCGACUUUUGCUACGCCCUGGUCUCACUCCACACGGAAAUCGUGUCCGGAAAGUCGCCCGUUUUGGAUCGGUUGAUCAACUCGGAGAUUGGAAGGUUGUACGAGUACAAUGAUGCCUUUGACAAUUUGAAGGAACUCCACUUUCGCAGAAUGCUUGGCUUUUUCUACGGAUAUCACAUGAACUACAUCGUGGACAAUCAGGAACUCGUCGAGCUUUACGAGGUGGCGAAACUCUUCGAGGCCAAGUCGGUGAUGGAUUUCUGCGUGAAAAAAAUUAUCUCCGCCAGACUUGCGAUAUUAUCAUCGUCCCCUGUGGGUGGAUCGUCAUCGUCAUGGUCACAGUGA